AUGGUUCCACACUUUUUGGGUGCAAUUGAAAACAGAACCGCCGAAAAUCAGCCUCGGGUAGAGGAGGCGGCCACCAUCGGCUAUUGCCAAGGUCACCUAAACCAAACCCAAAGUUUGGAUUCAAGCCUCGAUCAAGCACUCAAACGCCGCCACAAUCAAGUCGCCGGUCACAAACGCGACCAAGAAGAACUUCUCCUUUCCACUAAUAACAACAACCGCUCCUCCGAUCCCAAACCCUCUGAUUCCGACCGCCUGGAUCGGGACCGUGACCGUGGUCACGAUCGAGACAGUUACAAAGAAAGAGAACGUGAUAGAGACAGAGAAAGAGAUAGGGAAAGGGAAAGGGAAAGGGAAAGAGACAGAGAUAACCGAGAUCGUGAACGAAGAAACCGCGAUAGAGAACGUGAAGAAGAGAAGACGAAGAAACACAAACACAACAAAAUCAUGUCGCAAUCCCUGGAGAAAUCCGUGCAACCUCGCCGGUGA